AUGAAAGAUUAUCCAAAAGCACUUGAGAAUUUCGAAAAAUGUCUCUCAAUACGUAAAAAUACCUUACCCGAGAGUCAUCCAGAUCGAGCUACUACAUAUAGUGACGUUGGUGAUAUUCAUCGAUUAAUGGGUGAUUAUGAAAAGGCGCUUUCAUUUCAUAGAAGAGCAUUAGAUGUUCAAGAAAAUGAGCAAUGUAAUCCUUUGGAUUGUGCACUGACAUAUAUAAAUAUAGGUGAAACUUAUCGAGAAAUGAAAGAUUAUUCAACAGCAUUGACAUAUUUUCAAAAAGGAUUACAGAUAUGUCAGGAUAACUUACCAAAAGAACAUCCUGAUUUAGCUGUUGUGUAUCACAAUUUGGCAAAAUUAUAUUUGGCUUCUCGACAAUAUAGUAUAGCAAUAAAGAAUGUUCAACAAGCGAUAGAAAUCGCUCAAGAAAAGUUGCCUGCAACUCAUCCACAUCUUUUAGAAUAUAAAGACACAUUUGAGAAAAUUCGAAAUGAAAUGUAA